AUGGAAAAGCAUUUUGAACAGUUAUAUCAUGAUUUAGUAAAUAAAUAUAUAGAUUUAGAUGCAAAAUAUAAUAAUUUAGAAAAAGAGAAUCAAGAGUUAAAAGAUAUUAUAAACAAUAUAAAUAAUAUAAAUAAUAUAAAUAAUAAUGACCAUAAUAAUAAUCAUAAUGUGAACAUAGAGAGUAGUUUAAUAAAAUUUAAUAAAAUUGUGGGAGAAGAUGAAGAUAAUAGUAAUAAUUAUAAAGAGGAGGAUACUUUAGAUUAUAAAGAUAAACUUUUCUUUAAAAUAUUUUGUAAUAAAUAUUUAUUCGAUUAUAUUUAUAGAAGAACAAAGCGUUUUCCAAUUACAAUGUCAAAAUUAAAAGAAAGCGGUAGUGCCUAUUUUGUGGAUGAAUUGGGAAUUAAAGUUUUAAGAAAGGGUUACAACCAUUCAAGGACUCAACAACUGGAUCCACAAAUUAUUACAAAUAUUAUUUUAACAAAUAAUAAAGAUCAAAUUGGAUCGGUUUGGACAAAUAAUAAGAUAUUUCUAAAUUCAGAUUUAGUAUUUAGAUUCGAAUUUUCAAUAUCAUUACCAAAAGAUUCAGUUGGUGCCGAUGGUUUUGCUUUUAUAAUUGGUGGAAAUCCUUCAAAGUAUGGCUAUUUGGGUUCUGGAGGAUCAGGAAUGGGUUAUCAUGGCUUAAAUAGUAUAGUUUGUGUAGAGUUUGAUACUUAUGGCAGCGAUCCAAAUGGAAAUCAUAUUUCAAUUCAAACCAAAGGUAAAAAUAAUCGUUUAUCCUCAGAACACCAGUAUUCAUUAGCUUAUGCAACUCCAAACUUUUCAUUAAAAGAUGGUAAAACUCACAAAGUAGAAGUUAAAUAUAAUCAUCAAUUCUCUUCAUUAUCAGUUUACGUAGACAAUAUUCAAUAUUUAAGUAAUGUUAUAAUCAAACAAUUAGCAGGAAUAAAUUCCGCAUAUUUAGGAUUAACUGCUGCCACAGGAAGUUUUUAUAGUAUCCACUCAAUAGAUAAAUUUGAAAUUUUACAAUAA